ACAGAGGAGGAGCUUGCCCUGAUGUGGCAUAACACUGAAGACAACAUAUUGCAAUUUUGUGAUACAGGGCCAGUGGGCCACUGUCAAGCUGAUUAGCCUAGUACUUUACAGCUCAGGCCCUGAUGAAACAAGAGAUACGUAUGGCUUCUGCAAGACACAGGAGCUAGUGGCAGCAGAUAUUAAAGACCGCCCACAUAUCGGCGAGAGGAAUAGUAUUACAGCUGACUGCACCAGACAUGGCACCUUCUUCCGUGAUGAAUAGCAUAGACCCUUAUGAAGCUGAAAAUCUAUGAGCUGGGCAUACCAUGAAUGUGAUUCACCAUGCACAGCCAAGACUGUAACAUGACUUCUGUAGAAAAUGUGGUGCACCUUCUUCAGGUUCCAGAUUUGCUUUGUGAUUCUAACGGCAUUAGCAGUGGUGGUGCUGGUUAACAACAUCCAUCUAGUAGAGCAUUUGAAUCAAGAGCAAGAUUUGAAUCCAAGCCAGAGACAAGUGGAGCAUGACACACGCAAACCCUUUUCACUGGCAAAUAAAUCACCAGUCUGUGGUUACCAGCACCAAGUGCUCUCUAAAGCUGAACAUGCUGAAGAGCAAUCCUUACUGAAGUCUCUAGAAUGGCCGGGCCCACCACAUGGCAGAAAUCAAUUCCUAAAGAGCACCGAUGCUGCACAUAGCCGUUUUGUGAUUUUACAAUCUCAAGCUAAAUUGAAUGUAGGAAGUAUACUGGAAGUUUUGGUCAGGAUGCACGAUUUUGAGGGAAAACCGAAGAAAUAUGGUGGUGAUUAUUUACAGGCAAGGAUACACACUCCAUUACUGAAAGCUGGAGCUGUAGGAAAGGUGGUAGAUCAUCAGAAUGGAUUCUACACUGUUUACUUUACACUACUUUGGCCUGGAAGGGUCUCUGUGUCAAUCACUUUAGUGCACCCCAGCGAAGGGAUCCAGGUCCUACAGCGCUUACGCAGAGAGAAGCCUGACCGAGUGUAUUUUAAAAGUUUGUUUCGAUCAGGUGGCACGUCAGAAACAAAAAUGUGCAAUGUUUGUUUGAAUAAGAAAAUGCCUAUAUGUAAUUACACUGACUUGAAGACUGGGGAACCAUGGUUUUGUUACAAACCUGAUAAAUUAUCUUGCAGCACUCGAGUCAAUCAUGCAAAAGGGGGCUACCUGAAAAAUCUUCUGACUAUUGAAGAAAGUCUUUUCUUCCAUAGUGGCAUAAACAUCAAAGUACCGAUCUUGGCCAGUGGACCCGACACAGUGACUGUACACCUGCUCAGUAUGAAAGAUGAGGAUUUGCACUUUGACUCCCAGCCAUUCCCUUCAGGUUACUAUUACCAUGAUCACUGGGUGUCACGAAGAUCCUUUGUGCGUCAGUUCAACACACCUUCUGACAUCACUGAUUGUUUGCAAGGAAAAGUGGUUCAUUUGUUCGGAGACUCAACAAUAAGGCAGUGGUUUGAGUAUCUGACUUCUUUUGUACCAGAACUUAAACUAUUUGACCUUGGCAGCCCUAAAAAUGUUGGUCCCUUCUUGUCGAUUGACGUGGAGCAUAACAUAAUGCUAAAAUUUCGUUGCCAUGGGCCACCCAUUCGCUUCUCCACCGUUUCCAGCAAUGAACUGCGCUACAUUUCAAAUGAACUUGACGGCAUAGCUGGUGGGCAAAACACUGUGGUGGCUUUAACCAUAUGGUCCCAUUUUAGUACCUUUACUGUUGAACUAUACAUACGUCGCUUGAGGAACAUCCGGGCAGCUGUCCUCCGCCUUUUGGACCGUAGUCCCGCCACUGCCAUUGUUAUUCGCUCUGCAAAUGUGCAAGAACUUGGCCCUGAAGUAAGCCUAUUCAACAGUGAUUGGUAUUCAUUGCAGUUGGACGCUGUUAUGAGGUCCAUGUUUGUGGAUCUCAAUAUAUUUAUUGUUGAUGCCUGGGAGAUGUCUCUUGCUCACUAUCUUCCACAUGCGUUACACCCUGAGCCUAUUAUUAUAAAGAACCAAAUAGAUGAAUUCUUGUCUUUUGUUUGUUUGAAUUAAAAAUGUGAAUAGAGAAGAUAAUUUCAUCUGUUAUGUUAAGCAGUUUGUUAAGCAUUGUGAAAAUGGUGCACCAUUAAAUCAACAUGAGAAUAUAAUUUGGUAACACGGUAAUCCCUUGGUUGGCAUCGAGAACUGCAGUGCAUUCCCAACUAAUGUGUCUUUGACAUCUUUGACAGUAAAGGUAUUAACACCAGUUCACAUGCUAUGUAAGAGUUAAAGUAGCUUAUCUGGCAUUGCCUGCUGCAAACAACUGCAACACAUUGCCAAGCAAUGUAUUGCAACCCUCCAUGGCAGCAAAGGAGUUAACUGCCACUCUCACUGGGUUCCUGGAUGCCACAGGAAGCAUUACUAAGCAAUACAUUGCAGUCUUCUAUUCCUACCUAUGAGUUAAAUGACAGAUGCUAUGAAAACGGAAAAAGAGGAAAGUUUAAAGAGACAGUCUACUUGAUUUUUGUUUUGUUUAGAUGAUAGAUAAUGCCUUAACUACCCAUUCCCAGCUUUACACAACCAACAUUGUUAUAGUAAUAUACUUUAUAACCUCUAAAUAUCUGCCUGUUUCUAAGCCCCUGCAGGCCACCUCUUCUCUCAGUGCAUUGUAUUUGCUUUUCACAGCCAGAUGGUGCUAUUUUAUAUGGGCCAGAUAGAUAACAUUGUGCUCACUCCCGUGGAGUUAUGCAUGAACCAGCACUAAUUUGGCUAAAAUGCAAGUUUGUAAAAAGUACUGAGAUAGGGGGCAGUCUACAGAGGCUUAGAUACAAGGUAAUCUCAGAGGUAAAAAGUAUAUUAAUAUAACAGUGUUAGUUGUACAAAACUCUCCCUUUAAGUGAAGUGCUCUCUACCCAGUUCUGCAUAACCCACUGUGAAUACAUCUAUACACACAUUCGGCUAGAUUACAAGUGUUGCGUUACGAGUUUUAACGCUGAAAAAUGGCCAUUCCAGCGUAAUGGCCAGGAACACAUAUUACGAGCAUUUUAGCCUAUAACGUAACGUCCAUUCCGCACUCAAAAAAAUUACGUUUUUGUGUGGGAUUUUCAUAGCGCCUGUAUUACAGGUUGUGCGUUCAGGCUAAAAUGCUUGCAUUACAGCCUAUACCGACACAAUCCAUACUGCCAUCUAAGAGCAGUAGUUAUGGAUUUUGCGAAACAAAAAUGUUUCACAAAACUCAUAACUAAAGUGUUACAAAGUAUACUAACACCCAUAAACUACCUAUUAACUCUUAAACUGCCACCCUCCUGAAUCGCAAACACUAUUUAAAACGUAUUAACCCCUAAUCUGCCGCCCACCCACAUCUCGACUAUUAAAUAAACCUAAUAACCCCUAAUCCGCCAGCCCCCGACAUCGCCGACACUAUAAUAAAGCUAUCAACAUCCUCUUUAUACAGUCACUGCCGUACACUGAAGUUGAAUGCAAGGUAGCCGUUUCAAAAUGGCAUACCUUGCAUUCCUAUUGGCUGAUUUGAUUCUUGAAAUUCAAAUCAGCCAAUAGGAUGAGAGCUUCUAAAAUCUUAUUGGCUGUUCAAAACAGCGAAUAGGAUGAGAGCUACUGAAAUCAUAUUGGCUGAUUUGAACAGCCAAUAGGAUUUCAGUAGCUCUCGUCCUAUUUGCUGUUUUUAACAGCCAAUAGGAUUUCAGAAGUUUAUAUGUAUGUAUCUCAAUGUUAAAGCCAUUUGCCUGCCUUUUUUCCUUCUAUAAGGCAGAGAGAGUCCACUACUCCAUUCCUUACUGUUGGGAAAUACAACACCUGGCCACCAGGAGGAGACAAAGAUACCCCAGCCAAAGGCUUUAAUAUUCUUCCCACUUCCCCUAUCCCCCAGUCAUUCUUUGCCUUUCGUCACUAUAGGAGGUGGCAGAGAAGUGUCAGAAGAUUUGUAUAGACCUGUAAUGGGUAUGUUCCCUUCAAGAAAGGACUGGAGUUUAAAGUAAUUAUGUCAACCUCUCAGUAGAGUAUUGAUGAAAGUUAGAUUCUGGAGAUGCAGGGAACGUUUUUCUGCGAACCCAUCCAGACUGUCGCCUAACAGUUCCUGAGCAAUCAGUGUUGAAGAGUUUCACUGCUUGUUGUUCCACACUCAAGUCCAUGUCAGAGCGUCGCUGCAAUACAGGCACACUUGAGAGGCUGUGCCUGUUCCACAGCAUGGAUCCUGGAGGGAAAGACUGUUUUAUAUAUACACUUUUGCUAUACAGGGUCACAGUGUGGCUCCUUUAUGCCUCAAUAGGAUCAAGGGUUAAUAUCUCCUUAAUAUUUGAACAGCUAUGGGUUAUUCAUAACUGCUUUAAUGUGAGAGUUUUUGGGCUCAUAGACUGUAUGCUUUUGGCUUGGAACAAGCAGGUUUCUCUUUCGUUUCUGAGUGUGGCGCAGCUCAUAAUAGCUUAGCGCCUUUUUCAUAGCAGGGGAAGUCCUGUCCUACGCACCACGUAACCGGGUGCAAUCUUUUCAUUUUGCUAUGAUCCUGCUGUGGACAUCACUCCUAAGGAGAGCGUUUUCUCUGUUAGCUGUCUGGGUCUAUGAGGUGGUGAGUGCCCCAGCCAUUGGGAUUAUAAAGGUGCCGUUUUUUUAAUAAAAGCGGUUACUUUUUGUCUGUCCUUCUGUGGAUAUAUAGUUAGCUAUGGAGGACUCUGUCCUUCUAAUGAUACUACAUUAGAAGGUUCCGCUCCUUCUGUACUGAUUAAUAAUUCGUGUAUAUAUUGCGAGGAGGCUGUGGUUUGCCCGCCUGCUCAAUUUUGUUACAUUUGACUAAGCACUGUUCUAAAGUUUAAGAUGGGAGACAAGCCUGCUAAUACUCAUAGCGCUAUUAGCCCCUCUGAGCCGUCUACCUCUCAGGAAUCUGUCCCGAGAGAUUAUUACCCUUUCUACACUACCCGCUCCACAUGCAGUUCCCUGCGGCUCAACUAAUCCUCCAUCUGGAGGGGGCAUAUUUUUACUGCGGACUUAACCGCACAGUUACAAUCGGCGGUGUCUGCGGCCCAAGUGCCUUACCCUUCCUCUAGCAAACAUAAGAGAAAGGUUAAACAUAGUUCUUCUGACCUAGAGUCAUCUAAAUAUUUGUCGGAUGUAGCUACUAUGUCCCAGCUAUCCGAAGAUGAGUUAACCUCUGUAGCUUAAGAGGGUGAACUUUCUGAGUCGGAAACUUCAGUUUCUAAACCUCCUUCAGUGGAGGAAUACUCCUUUAGAUUUAAAAGGAGGUUCUGUCUACGCUUGAGGUUCUAGAGGCUAAACUGCCAGAGGAACCUAAGUUCCCUAAAUUAGACAGGGUCUAUGAAGACAGGAAGGUCCCUCUGACUUUUCCUGUGCCAGUUAAGAUGGUGAAUAUUAUUACUAACGAAUGGGAAAGAAUAGGAACUUCUUUUUCCCCCUUGUCUACUUUUAAAAAAUGAUUCCCGGUUCCUGACUCUCAAUUGAAUUUGUGGGGCGCCAUCCCUAAGGUGUAUGGCGCUAUUUCUACGCUGGCUAAGCGUACUGCUAUCCCUCUGGAGGAUAGUUCUUCUUUUAGAGAGCCUAUGGAUAAGAAAAUGGAAACUUUUCUAAGGAAGAUGUUUCAACAUACAGGGUUUUUAUUUCAACCAACGGCAGCUGUAGCUGCAGUUGCUGGAGCAGCUACCUACUGGUGCAACACUCUGUCUGAGCUCAUUGAGGUGGAAACUCCCCUCGAGGAUAUUCAGGAGAGAAUUAAAGUUCUGAGAAUGGCUAACUCCUUCAUCCGUGAUGCAAAUAGGCAGAUUAUUCGCCUAAAUGCAAAGGCUUCUGGCUUUGCGGUCCUAGCCCACCGGGCUCUCUGGUUGAAGUCUUGGUCUGUGGAUAUGACUUCUAAAUACAGACUCCUUUCUCUUCCUUUCAAGGGGAAGAAUUUAUUUGGUCCAGGCCUAAACUCCAUUAUUUCUACGGUUACCGGAGGGAAAGGUGCCUUUCUACCGCAGGAAAAGAAGAAUAGGCCUAAGGGACUGCAAUUGUCUAACUUUUGUUCCUUUCAUUCUGACAAAUCAAAAUGAUAGCAAUCCUCAUCCAAGUACGAGCAGCCCAAGAGUACUUGGAAGCCGAUUCAUUCCUGGAAUAAGUCCAAACAGAUUAAGAAGCCCGCCGAGAACAAAUCUGCAUGAAGGGACGGCCCCUGAUCGGAUCGAGUAGGGGGCAGACUGUCUAUUUUUUCAGACGUUUGGUUCCAGGAUGUACAGGAUCCUUGGGUUGUGGAGGUUGUAUCUUAGGGAUACCGAUACCGGAUAGGAUUCAAAUCUCACCCGCCCAGGGGGAAGAUUCCUACUGUCUACAAGACCAGAAAAGAGGACUGCCUUUUUAGGAUGUGUACGGGAUCUUUCCUCUCUAGGAGUAAUUUUCCCGUUACCUACAGCAGAAAGAGGUUUGGGGUUUUAUUCAAACCUUUUCGUGGUUCUAAAAAAGGAGGGAACUUUUCAUCCAAUUCUGGACUGAAAGUGCCUAAACAAGUUUCUGAGUGUUCCCUCUUUAAAGAUGGCCAAGAGAGGGUUUUCUGAGAGUGUUAUUGACACUCUAAUUCAAGCUCAUAAGCCAGUUACUCGUCGUAUCUACCAUAAAGUGUGGAGGACUUACUUGUACUGGUGUGAAGAGUGUGGCUUUUCCUGGCAUAAAGUUAAGGUUGCCAGAAUUAUAUAUUUUCUCCAGAAUGGACUUGAGAAGGGCCUAUCUGCUAGUUCCCUGAAGGAACGGUGUUACUGCACAAGAGAUUGGCUGAGCUUCCGGAUGUGCAGUCCUUUGUUAAGGCUCUGACUAGGAUCAGACCUGUGUUUAGAUUUGGAGCUCCGCCUUGGAGCCUCAAUCUUGUUCUUUGUGUUUUGCAGCAGGUUCUGUUUAAGCCUAUGCAUACUGUUGACAUUAAAUUGUUAUCUUGGAAGGUUCUUUUUUUUGUUGGCUAUUGCCUCUGCGCGCAGAGUUUCUAAAAUUUCUGCUUUGCAAUGUGACCCCCCUUAUCUUGUUUUCCAUGCUGAUAAGGCAGUUUUACGUAAUAAAUUAGGGUUCCUCCCUAAGGUAGUGUUGGAUCGUAACAUUAAUCAAGAAAUUGUUUUUUCUUUCUUGUGUCCUAAUCCUUCUUCAGCGAAGAAACGCUUGCUUCACAAUCUAGAUGUGGUUUGUGCCUUUAAGUUCUAUCUUCAGGCUACUAAGGAAUUCAAACAAUCUUCCUCUUUGUUUGUCAUCUAUACAGGGAAGCGUAAGGGGCAGAAGGCUACUACGACUUCCCUAUCUUUCUGGUUGAGGAGUGUCAUCCGCUUAGCUUAUGAGACAGCGGGAUGACAGCCUCCUGAGAGUAUAACGGCUCAUUUCACUAGAGCCGUGACUUCCUCCUGGGCUUUUAAGAAUGAAGCCUCUAUGGAUCAGAUUUGUAAGGCGGCUACCUGGCCCUCCUUACACACUUUUUCUAAAUUUUACAAGUUUGAUGUGUUGGGUUCAGCUGAAGCAGCUUUCGAAAGAAAACAGUUUGUGGUGCCCUCAGAAUAGGGUCCGCCUCUUUUUUGUUUCCUCCCGUUAUUCCUUCAGUGUCCUCUGGAGCUUGGGUAUAGUUUUUCCCAACAGUGAGGAAUGAAGUUGUGGACUCUCCCUGCCUUAUGGAAGGAAAACAUAAUUUAUGCUUACCAGAUAAAUUCCUUUCCUUCCUGGCAGGGAGAGUCCACGACCCCGCCCGUAAUUUAUUUUUGUUGGGCGGCUCUCUUUUUAUAUUAUUUCUUCUGGCACCUUUAUACCCUGAUGUUUCUCCUACUUUUCCUUGUUCCCUCGGCAGAAUGACUGGGGGAUAGGGAAAGUGGGAGGGAUAUUUAAGCCUUUGGCUGGGGUGUCUUUUCCUCUUCCUGGUGGCCAGGUGUUGUAUUUCCCAACAUUAAGGAAUGAAGUCGUGGACUCUCCCUGCCAGGAAGGAAAGGAAUUUAUCUAGUAAGCAUAAAUGAUGUUUUUUUCUUACCUCGGGGUAGAUUUAUUAUGUAGCAGAUGCUGCAAUCAACGCCAAUAUGAGCGGUCGUAAGACCACUGCUCCUUUACUUCUCCGCCACCUAUUAGGUGGCUGACUGAAAUCAUCCUGAUCCGAUUGGGAUGAUUCAAGCCCCAUGCUAUUGGUCAAUUGGCCGCGAGUGAGCAGGGGGCGGCAUUGCACAAGCAUUUCACUAGAAAUGCUUGUGCAAUGUUAAAUACCGUCAGCGUAUGCUGUCGGCAUUUAGCGAGGUCGAGCGGACAUGAUUCGCUCGACCCAUAAUUAAUCUACUCCCUCAUGUCUUUGAGCACUUUUAACUUUUGUGUGCAAUAUUUUUUAUUAUGAGUGUAACUAUACUUUUGUAAUGUAUUUUUUAUGUGUUUUGUGCAACUUUUUAGUUUCACAAAACUGUUAACCAGAGCUCUGAAGUCAAUUAUUCUAGCGUAAAUCUAAAGACCGCUGCUCCAUAACCUGUCCGCCUGUUCUGAGGCGGCGGACAGACAUACGACAUACGCCGAAUACGAUCGGUUGAUUGACACCCCCUGCUAGUGGCAGAUUGGCCGUGAAUCUGCAGGGGGCAGCAUUGCACCAGCAGUUCACAAGAACUGCUGGUGCAAUGAUAAAUGCUGACAGCGUAUGCUGUCGGCAUUUAUCGAUGUGUGGCGGACAUGGUUCGCUAUAGCGGAUCAUGUCUGUCCGAACAAUGAUAAAUGGACCCCCUAUGUCUCUAAAAGCCUGCAAACAUUAAAUUCCUAGGAAUUAAAGGUCUCUUAUAGUGAGCUUGUCAUUUUUAUCUCCAGCAACCCUGCAAUGCUAUGUGUUUAAUUUCCACAAAGAGGUUAAAGUACCACUAAGGGGUCUUGAGCGGAAACUACUGCUGUGUGACUAAUGCCACAGUGACAAUUUACAAUGUGGAUUAACAGUUCUCUGCAGCUGCCGACGGGGGUAAACACAUAGCAUUGCAGGGUUUAGAACAUGUAAUUUCUGUCACAAUAAUAGUCCUUUAACAUUGGAAAAGUCUGUCCCUGGGUUUCUGAGAAAACACAAGUUCUUAAAUGGCUCCAUUUCUUUUUUUUGUGUUUUUGGUUUAUUGUUGCUAUUUUACAUGUAGUCAUAGAAAUGCUCCCACAUGAUUGGCUAAGCCCUUUUUGGUAAUUAACUCUCUUGUAAUAAUCUAAACAGUGAUUUAAUAAAUAGCCUUACAGUGGUUUAA